ACUAAUGGGUUGUGAGUCAAUUUGCUGCAUUUCACAAUGAAAGGAGCUACGUGAGAAAAGAGCCAACUAGAAAGCCCUGAAAAGUGGAGAUGGGAAAGUAGUGAACUUCUCACACGAGGGGGUGUCUAAAAGCUGGGAUGUUUAUUUUGCUGAGACAUUAGUAGGCUCUGUUGUAUUUCAUUUUAAAUCCACGAAAUGCAUCUCACCGAUUCAGUUAUUUGUCAUCUUCAGAACAAUUCCUCACAUUUGUCUAAUAUUCUUAUACAUUUCCCAUGUAUUCCUCACAAUAAUCUUAGAAAUCAGAUAAGUGUAACCUAUUUUGCAGAUAGGCAUGUGGCAAAGUCCAGUGAGAAUCUAAAUCACAUGACUCCCUGGCAAGGGAAAUUUCUGCCCCACUUGGCUUACAAAGUAAGUGAAAAAUACCACAUAUUUAUGGAGGCGGGGGGACAUCUGAAAGCCCAACCUCCCAGAAUUCCACCAUGAAGUGCUCACUAGCAGCAGAGUGGCUGCCCCUCAACACUCUGAUUAACUAAUGACAGAAUAAUCCAGAGAUAGCCCCAGAAUGGUUCAAUCCAGGAAAGGAUCACCACCUCCAUGAACAUAUGCAGCAUAUCGGAUGCAUUUUGGCUGUCACAAUGACACAACAGAGGGCCACACUGGCACUCACUGGCCAGGGCUACAGAAGCUGAACUUCCAACAAAGAGCAGGACAAACCCAUUCAAGAUGUCCAUAUACACAUCCUGGCUUGGCACAGUUCCAAGAGGCAUAAAGUUGCCAUAGCUUAGGUAAAUGGUGCCAAUCCCCCAACAAGACAAGAUUACAUUCCAGUUAACAAAGUACAUUAAUUGUGAGUAGUUGCAUCAAAUACACAUUCUGCUGCCCUCUCUUUCAGGAUACAAAUCACUAUCUUUAUCACUGACCAGUCAUGCCACUUCUUUCAAAGUCUGUGGGGGAUUACUCACUGCACAUCUGUAAUCAGUUCAUGCACAGAUGGCAGACCAAGGAGUUGUACUGACUCCUUGUCUCCCAAGGUAAGAAACAAUGAUAUUUUACAAAAAAUAGAUAAUCAAAAGUGGAAAGUGGCCAACCACGAUGAAAGUACAGCAAACAAACAGUGAUAUUGGAAGUGAAAUCUGAGUCAAAUGUCAGGGGUACAGAAUCUGGGAUGCUGGGAAUGAAGACACCAUCGCUAUUAGAGAGGCUGUGAUAUGCAGCCAGAGGAAACUCAGUGCAUACAAGCCUAGAGACAUAAAUAAUGAAAGUGGUUGUGACAAAGAGGAGCUGAUGCUGGCAAAAUACUACACAUUAAAGAAACUCUGGGAGAUAUUUCACAACUUUGAAAGUACAAAGGAUGACGUGUUGGAGUCGGAUCUAGACUUACGGUUACCAAGGCACAGAAAAGAUGCUCCCUCAGUAUCAUACGCUAUACAAUAAAAAAAGCACUGUUUCAACUAUUCUUUUUCCUUAAUUAUUUUAAUGUGUAUUUAUUUUUGAGAGAGAGAGAGAGAGAGAGAGAGAGAGAGAGCAGCAGAGGGGCAGAAAGGGAAGACGGCACAGAACCGGAAGCAGGCUCCAGACUCCCAGCUGUCAGCACAGAGUCUGACACAGGGCUCGAACUCAUGAACUGUGAGGUCAUGAUCUGAGCCGAAGUUGGACGCUUAACCAACUAAGCCAUCCAGGCGCCCCAAGUUCCAACUAUUUUUGACAAGUUUUUUACCAAAAAAAAAAAUGAAAUACGUUCAUUCUCAAUAUUUCUAACAUUUAAAUACAGUGCAUUAAAUAAUUGGCUUUAAUAUCUUCAUUUUCCUAUACAUUUAUCACUAACAGAAACUUUUAAUAUUUUCACAAAAAUGUUUAGAAGUUUGAACAUGUUUAGAACAUGUUUAAAAAUGUUUAGAACAAUGAACAUCAUUCAAGUUUCCCAGUGAUUACUGAAAGCACUCUGCAGUUUCAGCUUGCACAGUCAUUUUUAUGGUCCCACGUUGCUGUGCAAGUUGAGGACUACCUUUUAUGCCCUAUUGAGAAUAACUGAUAAGGGGCUUCACACUGUUCCAACCAUAGGCAAGCUUAAAUAACUCAUUUCUAGAAGUUCAGAGAACUCCCCCUUAUCAACCAAAAUCUAGCUCAAAUAUACCCUCCACUCUGAACACUCUCCCAACCCUCCUGGCCAGAAGUCAUCUUUCUCUCUCCCCUCCCCACUCUAACUUUGUUGUGGCAACAUUAUAGUACUUAUUUCUUUGCUUGUUUUUCCAAUCCCACCAAUAAAGUGGUCUCCCAAUGGCCAACAAACUGUAUCUUGUUCACUUCUAAACAUUUGAAUCUAGCACUUAGCAUCUAAGAAGCAUUGUUAAAAUACAGUGGAGAUAAGAAAGGUCAAAAGGAGAGGCAACAAUUAUCUAAGACUUUCCAAUUACUUGGCACUUGGUAAAUCAGACAGAGUAGAGCAGCUCCAUCUACACAGUCUCCUUUAACUCAUACAAAAAAUGGUAUCUGUUAGGAAUCUGCUUAUCAAAAUAAAUGAACUAAGUCAAUAUUCCUUAAAUGAAAGUAAAUUCUGUAUCACUGACAAUUCAUUCUCCCAGGGUAUGUCUGCAUACUAAUGGAUAAAGAAACUCUCCAACUAAAAUGUCUGAGGUGGAGAAGUACAGUGAGUGGCAAGCUGGGCCAAGUAUGGGUUGUGGACAGUGGGAAGCCUAAGUUCUGUCAUUUCCAUUCUAGCCUAUGGCUGGCACAGGCUCAGGGGCCCGCAUCUGCCCAUUGUAAAAGAUGAGCCAGAUUUCUGUAUUAAGUCUCCUGAUUUUCUAAAAAUUUUUUUUAAUAUUAAUUUUUGAGAGACAGAGACAGAGCACGAGCGGUGAGGGGCAGAAAGAGAGAAGGAGACACAGAAUCUGAAGCAGGCUCCAGCAUCUGAGCUGUCAGCACAGAGCCUGAAGCAGGGCUUGAACCCAUGAACUGCAAGAUCAUGACCUGAGCUGAAGUCACACACUCAACUGACUGAACCACCCAGGUGCCCUAAAUCUCCUGAUUGCUAAAUGCGACCUAUUUCAAUUAUUUAAAAAACACUGUGGGCCAGAGAAAGCAUGGACCCUACUACUUUCUGACCUGUGCUCCAAACCAACAAGAAUUUUCAUGGGGUAUGAGUGGGUUAUUUGUAAUGAUCUAUGUUAAUGAAGAACAGGUUUCUUGGUUCCCCUGGGACAUAAGGAUCUGUAAUUCUUAAUGCUAUUUCCUUCCCCAACUAUCACUUUAUUAUAAUUCCCCAGAAAGUUUAAAUAUAUCUUUAUCAUAUCUAUUAUCACAAGUGUAUAAUAAAAAGGUUAAACCUGAACUAUCUAACUUGUAUAUAACUUGAAUAUAAUGGUUUAAUAGUACAUAUCUUGGGGAAAAAAUGUAAUAGUAUUGAUAUCUCUAACAAAAUCAAGUUACCAAACUUUGAUUGUUAACUUUCUAGCCUCUAAUUUUUCAUAAGCCCAUUAUUCUAGUUACAUGAUUUCACAUUAUAUGCUUUUUUAGGCAACACAUUUUACCAUCCACAUCACCUUAAUCUUCUUCAAGCAAACAAACCUACUUAGCUCAGUAAACCCCAGUAGGAUUAAUGCUGACUGGUAAUGACAGAUUAGCACAAAAGCAGAUCUAUAAUGGCAUCCCUAAGACAUUAAUAAGAUAAAAUUCUAUGCAGGCUGUACUGGGUAAAUAGGAAACGAAGUACUAGGUUUGACAGAAGUUUGCUUUAAAAAAGGAAUAAUGAUGAGGUACAUAUUGGUUACGCUACUAUUGUAACAACUCCAAAUGUCAGUUGACGAACACAAAAGUUCCUCUCUCCUGUUAAAUGGACUGCAUAGGUCAGCAAAGGGCUUGGUUCUCCACAGUCAUUCAGCGAGCCAAGCUUAUGGAGGCCUUUCCAUUUUAUGGCUGCCCAUCUAGAAUCCAUGGCCUAUCUCCCUUUGGAAGAAAAAUAGGAAGAAUCCUGUGCCGAACUUUUACUACCUUGGCCUCAAAGAAAAACACAUUACCUCCCUCACAUUCCAUUGACCAUAACUACACACAUAGCUCUACCAAUUCAAAAGGAGCUGGGUCAUGCAGGGGGCAAUUAGAGUAUUUGCUGGGCAUUACUGUCUCUGCCAGAUGGUUCUUUAUUUUUUAAGUUUAUUUAUUUAUUUUUAAAUAUAUAAAAAUUUAUAUAUUGUACUCCGAUCCAGUUGACUACUUUGCCCCUGGGGUACAGCCAUAUCCUAAAGGAUGGAACCUUCCUGGAACUGCAGUGCAGAGAGGGAAUGUGUUAAAUUUGAAUGGUGCUGGUGACCCGCUCACUCCAGGCUAUCCAGCUAAAGAGUACACUUUUAGACUUGAUGUCAAAGAAGGAGUGGGAAUCCCCAAGAUCCCUGUACAUCCUAUUGGGUAUAACGAUGCAGAAGUAUUGUUACGUCACAUGGGAGGAACUGCUCCACCAGAUGACAGCUGGAAGGGAAGUCUUAAUGUGGAUUACAACAUUGGGCCUGGCUUUGCAGGGCAUGAUUCCUUCAGGAAGGUUAGAAUGCAUGUUCAUAACACCAAUAAAAUUACAAGGAUUUAUAAUGUAAUUGGAACAAUCAGAGGAUCUGUGGAACCUGACAGGUAUGUUAUUCUAGGAGGUCAUCGGGACUCCUGGGUGUUUGGAGCUAUUGACCCAACCAGUGGAGCUGCUGUUUUGCAAGAAAUUGUCCAGAGUUUUGGAAAACUGAUGGGUAGAGGCUGGAGACCUAGAAGAACAAUCAUUUUUGCCAGCUGGGAUGCAGAAGAAUUUGGGCUGCUGGGCUCCACAGAAUGGGCUGAGGAGAAUGCAAAAACACUCCAGGAGAGAAGCAUUGCUUAUAUCAAUUCUGAUUCAUCUAUAGAAGGCAAUUAUACUCUGAGAGUUGACUGUACACCCCUUCUUUACCAAUUGGUGUAUAAACUGACAAAAGAGAUAUCCAGCCCAGAUGAUGGUUUUGAGAGUAAGUCUCUUUAUGAAAGCUGGUUGGAAAAGGACCCUUCAUCUGAAAAUAAAGAUUUUCCUAGAAUCAACAAGCUGGGAUCUGGAAGUGAUUUUGAAGCUUACUUUCAGAGACUUGGGAUUGCUUCAGGCAGAGCCCGUUACACUAAGAACAGGAAAACAGAUAAGUACAGCAGCUACCCAGUAUACCAUACAAUUUAUGAGACGUUUGAAUUAGUAGAGAAUUUUUAUGACCCUACUUUUAAAAAACAGCUUUCAGUGGCUCAGUUACGAGGGGCACUGGUUUAUGAGCUUGCAGACUCUAUAAUCAUUCCUUUCAAUAUUGAAGACUAUGCAAAAGCUUUGAAAAACUAUGCAACAAGCAUCUACAAUUUAUCUAAGAAACAUGACCAACGAUUGAGAGACCAUGGAGUAUCAUUUGAUUCUUUAUUUUCUGCUGUGAAAAACUUCUCAGAUGCUGCUUCAGAUUUUCAUAGAAGACUCACAGAAGUUGAUCUUAACAAUCCUAUUGCAGUGAGAAUCAUGAAUGACCAAUUGAUGCUCCUGGAGAGAGCAUUCAUCGAUCCUCUUGGUUUACCAGGGAGGCGGUUCUAUAGGCACAUCAUCUUUGCUCCAAGUAGCCACAACAAAUACGCUGGAGAAUCAUUUCCUGGGAUCUACGAUGCUAUGUUUGAUAUUGAAAAUACAGAAGACCCUCAAUCAGCCUGGGCAGAAGUAAAGAAACACAUUUCUAUUGCAGCCUUUACAAUUCAAGCAGCAGCAGGAACCCUGAAAGAAGUGUUAUAGGAAGGUCUCAGCCAAAUGGCCAUUAAAAGUGUUACUGAAAGUCUCA